GUCACGGGGCUAGCUGACAGAACCCGGGCGCCGGGCGCUCGGGAGGUAUUGUCCGUCCCUCCGCGCUUUGGAGAGUCGUCGCCGGCUCACCUGGCCGUGGGCGCGUCCUGGCCGCUGCAGCCCGGAGCGGGGUGCCAGCCGCCGCCGCCGCCGCCGCCGCCGCCGCCGCCGCCGCCGCCAUGGUGUCCCCGGUCACUGUGGUGAAGAGUGAAGGACCCAAACUGGUGCCAUUCUUCAAGGCCACCUGCGUGUAUUUCGUGCUCUGGCUGCCCUCAUCUAGCCCGUCAUGGGUCAGCACCCUCAUCAAAUGCCUGCCCAUCUUCUGCCUCUGGCUCUUCCUUCUGGCCCAUGGCCUGGGAUUCCUGCUGGCCCACCCCAGUGCCACCCGCAUCUUUGUGGGGCUUGUCUUCUCUGCUGUAGGUGACGCGUUCCUCAUCUGGCAGGACCAAGGAUACUUCGUGCAUGGUCUGCUGAUGUUUGCUGUGACCCACAUGUUCUACGCCUCGGCCUUUGGCAUGCGGCCACUGGCUCUUCGGACAGGUCUGGUGAUGGCGGUGCUGUCUGGUCUGUGCUAUGCCCUCCUCUACCCAUGCCUCUCAGGUGCCUUCACCUACCUGGUGGGGGUCUAUGUGGCCCUUAUCGGCUUCAUGGGCUGGCGAGCUAUGGCAGGGCUGCGGCUGGCCGGGGCAGACUGGCGCUGGACAGAGUUGGCAGCUGGCAGUGGUGCACUCCUCUUUAUCAUCUCAGACCUGACCAUCGCCCUCAACAAAUUCUGUUUUCCUGUGCCCUACUCUCGGGCGCUCAUCAUGUCCACCUACUAUGCGGCCCAAAUGCUCGUCGCCCUGUCAGCUGUCGAAAGCCGGGAGCCUGUGGAACACUACAGACUGAGCAAGGCCAACUGAGGUGCCAGGGUCUGGUCACCCCUCUCUCCUCCUGGGGCUGGGGCCCAGAUCCUGGAAACCUGCAGGAGCUGGAUCAGGAUGGCUGCAGUGCCAUCCUGGGGCAGCAGGUUCUGCCUGAGGAAUUUGCAAGUUUGAGUGGGGAGGCUGGAAAAGGAUCUCCCUAACGGAACUCGUGGUCCAGGACAAUGGUGAGAGCUCCUGACUGGAGCCAGAAGUAGACGUCUCCCCACCUCUACCCCAUCAGCACUUUCAAAAGCCCCCCUGGAAGGUGAUGGUGCUCAGCUUCUUGACACACCCCCUUCCCCUACCAGGUGGAAGAGUCUGACUCCAUGUGUUAUGCCUAGGACCAAUGGCAGUGGUUCGCCCACUCCACCCCUUUUUCAUCUGCACAAAGUUGAGGGAAAUGGGAGAAUCUGUGCUGAGAAGACUUAGACCCAGGAGCCCCUUUCGCAGGCCCCUAGUUGGGAAGACUGGAUGAGAGUGGAGCCUCCCUUUCUUUUCCCUCUUCUAUCCUUGUUACUUGAACAAUCUCAAUCUCUAAGUGGUGGGUGGGGACAUGAAGAGGUGUGGAUCCAGGCUAGGCAGGAGAGAGAACUUUUUUGGUCUCGGAGCUUGGGGUCUCAAGAAUUCAAGUGGCCCCAUCUCUCUCUCAGGCAAGCCCAAAGCUCAGGUCCCAUAUACCACCCUUAGAUCCUGUCCCCAGGGCUAGGGUGAACCAUGCCAAAGGAAGGGGCCAGCUUCUGUGUGUGUGUGUGUGUGUGUAGCCUGUCUCCUAGUCUGCCUAUGUCUUUCUCUGCUAUAUGUUUCUGUCCUGCUGUCUGUCAAAAGUCUCACAGAGAGAGGGCCUCAGGGAGCUGCUGAGGGGUGCUGAGCCUGGCUCAGGGAGCUGGGACCCCUCCCCUCCAAUACACAUACUCACAGGGCUUUCCUCCUUGCCCCUCCUACACUAGGAGCAAGAGGAGGAGGCUGCAAUGACACUCUGGGGUUUUAAGACCCAAGGCACAUUCAAUGCAAGGGGAGCAAGGAUGGGACAACUCCAUCUUCCGCUGCCCAUGUGAAAAAAAAUAAAAAUCAAGAGCCAUUGGCUGCUCUGUUUGUGGGCCUGUGUGGCACAUGCCUAUCUUGGAGAGGGCAUGGGGGCAUGGUGCCAGGGGCUCUGGCUGUCCUCACAGCCUAGUCACAGUCCUGAGCAGUGCAUCUUGGUGCCAGGCUGGCUCCCUGGCUCUGGUGACACUGCCGGUUGGAGUGUGUCUCACUUCCCUGGUGUAAGUGAGGAUGUGGUUUAGGAGGAUGGGGGAUGGGUGGUAUUUGCCACUGUCCAAAUUUGUCCUUGUUGUACUCCCCUGUACACAGGUGCCCAGCACCCUUGGUGACCUUUAGUUAUCCAGUGUCACCUAUUGCUGCCCACCUCCUCCCCUCCCCACUCGAGACCUGCUGCUUCCUUCAAAAUGAUCCAGAUUCCCUUCAAGCAUCUCCCUCAUCUUGGACUCUGGGCUUAGUUGAACAGCUGGGAGCAAUGGGAUUAGAUUGGCUGAUUCAUUCAUUAGAUGUAAAGUCCUGGCAGAAUAAUGUGUCACUCUGCUCCAGGAGCAUUUGCAACUUAA